ACUCAAAACUAAUUAAUCAUCAAUGGUUCAACAAAUUUCAAUUGUUCUGUUGCUAUUGCUAUAUGCAACCAAGUUCCACUUUGGCUUGUGUAGCACCAAUAUGAAGCUGUUCUGCAACAAUAAAGAUCGAUAUGCGUUGCAAAUGUUCAAACUUGGUGUUUUGAACAAUAGCCACAAGCUCCCCACUUGGUCCAAUGAAGGAGAUUGCUGUGCGUGGAAAGGGGUCCAUUGUGAUAACAUCACAGGCAGAGUUACAAGACUUGAUCUAAAGCAACAAUACUUGGAAGGUGAAAUCAACUUGUCUUUGCUCAAAAUUGAAUUUUUGAACUACUUGGACUUCAGCUUGAAUGGCUUUACAAGUUUAAGUGCACCUUUUAAUAAAACACAUGCUAACUUCUCUAGCAUUCAGUUCCUAGACCUAUCCUUUAAUGAUGACCUUCAUGUUGAUAAUCUUCACUGGCUUUCUCAAUUUUCUUCCUUGAAAUAUCUCAACCUUAGUGAAAUUAAUCUUCAAAAUCAAACGAACUGGCUUCAGUCCAUGGCUCUGCAUUCAUCACUAUUAGAGCUGAGACUGGGUAGUUGUCAUCUUACUGAUAUCAGUCCAUCCAUGAAGUAUGUGAACUUUUCUUCACUUUUAACUUUUGACCUCUCUGGGAACCACUUUGUCUCUGAAUUACCUUAUUGGUUGUUUAACCUCACAAGUAUCUCAUAUAUUGACCUUAGCUUCAACCUUUUACAAGGACAAAUACCCAAGAACAUGUUGAGUCUUCAAAACCUUAAAUCUCUAAGGCUGAAUGACAAUGAACUCAAUGGAUCCAUUCCUGAUUGGCUUGGUCAGCAUGAAAAUUUACAGUUUCUUGGUUUAUCUGAGAACAUGUUUCAUGGUUCAAUCCCUUCAUCUCUAGGAAAUCUCUCAUCCUUGGUUGACUUGAGCAUCAGCUCCAAUUUACUGACUGGUAAUAUUCCAACCAGCAUUGGACAGCUCUUUAACUUACGGACUUUAUUCAUUGGAGGUGAGUCCUUGUCAGGUGUUUUAUCUGAGAAGCAUUUUUUCAACCUCUCCAAUUUAGAAUCACUGGUUUUGAGUGCACAUUUUGCAUUUGAUUUGGAUUCUGAUUGGAUUCCUCCUUUUCAUCUGAAUGGCAUCAGUUUGAGCAACACAGUUCUAGGUCCCAAGUUUCCAGAAUGGAUAUAUACACAAAAGUCACUAGAAUAUCUAGAGGUUCCCAACUCAAGCAUCUCAUCCAUAAAUGGAGACAUGUUUUGGAGGUUUGUGGUUAACAUUACUCAGCUCAACUUGUCCAAGAACACAAUCAGUGCAGACUUAUCAAAAGUGACUCUAAACUCUGAACUUAUAUUUAUGGACCAUAAUAAUUUCACGGGGGGGCUCCCACACAUAUCAGUAAAUGUCAUCUAUUUGGACUUGUCACACAACUCUUUCUACGGACCCAUUUCCCCUUUGUUCUGCCACAAGUUGGGUAAGGAAAAUAGUUUGGACUAUUUGGACAUAUCAUCCAAUCAUUUAACUGGAGGAGUUCCUGAUUGUUGGGAGUAUUGGAAAGGUUUGUCUUUCCUUUUCAUGGAGAGUAACAUGCUAAAUGGUGAAGUUCCUCCAUCUAUGGGCUCAUUUGUUGACCUCAUAGCAUUGGAUUUGCACAACAAUAGCUUGUCUGGCAAUUUUUCGUUGGACCUGUCAAACGUAAGAAACUUGGAAUUCAUCAACCUAGGAGAUAACCACUUUUCUGGAAGAGUACCAACAAAGAUGCCGCAUAGCAUGGAAGUGAUGCUGUUGGGAUCUAACCAAUUUGAAGGCAAUAUUCCACCAGAACUGUGCAAUCUCCCUUCACUGAUACAACUUGACCUUUUCAACAACAAACUUUCAGGGCAUAUUCCAAAAUGUUUUAGCAACAUUCCUAGCAUGGGUGGAGCACAAAGAACAAGUCACUAUCCAUUUGAGUUCAAUUUGUACACCAAAGGCCAAGAAUUAGAGUUUGAAGACUAUGGGUUGCUUAGAACUCUUGACCUUUCAUUCAACAACUUGUCAGGUGAAAUCCCUGCACAAGUUUUCAGUCUUGUUCAGCUGCAGACCUUAAACUUGUCAAGAAACCAUUUCACAGGAAAGAUAUCAAGAGAGAUUGGAAGCAUGAAAAACUUGGAAUCUCUUGAUCUGUCCAAUAACAAACUUGAUGGUGAAAUUCCUGUGUCCAUUUCCUAUCUUUCUUUCUUGAGCUUUUUGAAUCUGUCAUACAACUAUUUCACAGGACAAAUUCCAUUGGGAACUCAGCUUCAGACUUUUGAUGCAUCUAGCUUUGUUGGGAAUCCUGGACUUUGUGGUGCUCCUCUACCAUUUAACUGCACAAGCGAAAGUGGUAAUGUUGAUGAUUCAAACCAAGGAAACAAUGAUGAUGAAACUGAGUCACUCUACCUUGGGAUGGGUGUUGGUUUUGCAGUGGGUUUCUGGGGCCUUUGUGGUUCUAUAUUCCUCAGCAGGACAUGGAGGUGCGCGUAUUUUCGGUUCCUUAAUCAUGUUGCUGAUCAAGUUCUUGUAUUUGUUGCUGUCAAUUUAAAGUUCAACAGCUAAGGUUCAAAACAUUGAGGAUUGCACGAAAUCACCGAAGUACCGAGUAGCUGUGGCGUUUAUGCAUCAUAUGUUUUGACCCUGUAAUUAAUAAAAUAAAGCUAUAUUUUGAACUUCUUAAGGAGAGGCUAAAAUAAAUAAUCCUUUAUUUA